AUGGCUGCCACUUCUCCCUCCUUUACCUCCAUCCUCCUCAUAAUCACAACAAUCACUUUGGCAUCACUGACCUUCCCUUCAACUGCCCAAGAUUCCCCGCAAGACUACGUCGACGCCCACAACGCCGCCCGAUCCGCCGUCGGAGUCGCCCCCGUGUCCUGGGACGCCAGGCUUGCGUCCUACGCCCAGUCCUACGCCGACCAGCGUGCCGCGGCAGACUGCCGCCUCGUCCACUCUGGUGGACCCUACGGCGAGAACCUCGCCUGGAGCAGCGGAGAGCUCUCCGGUGCCGACGCGGUGGCAAUGUGGGUCGGCGAGAAGGCCGAUUACGACUACAACUCCAACGGCUGCGCCCCCGGGAAGCAGUGCGGACACUAUACUCAGGUGGUGUGGAGGAGCUCCACCGGCAUUGGGUGCGCCAAGGCUAACUGUAGCGGCGGCCAGGGCACUUUCGUCAUUUGCAGCUACAACCCACCGGGGAACUACGUCGGCCAGAAACCCUACUAG